AUGGUGAAGCUACAAUUGGGGCAAACAUUAAUUCAAAGGGAUGGUCAGCGGGUUUAUGUUAUAGCUGAAAUUGGACAAAAUCAUCAGGGCAAUUUGGAAACUGCGAAACGUAUGAUAAUGGAAGCAUGGAAAAGUGGCUGUGAUUGCGUUAAAUUUCAAAAAUCCUGUCUGAGUGCAAAGUUUACAAAAUCUGCACUUCAACGCAAGUAUGAUGGACCCAAUUCUUGGGGCAAUACUUAUGGCGAGCACAAAACUUAUUUAGAAUUUUCUAUCGAACAAUAUAGAGAAAUUCAAGAGUUUUGCAAUACUCUAGGGAUUGAUUUCACGGCCUCAGCAAUGGACGAAGUUUCCCUCGAAGAGAUGAGCUCAAUGACAGUACCUUUUAUAAAAAUUGGUUCGGGAGAUGCUAACAACUUUCCACUUUUGAAAAAAGCUGCCAUGUUGAAAACUCCUCUUAUCAUCUCCACCGGAAUGCAAACCUUAGCGACUGUCGACCGUAUCGUUCAGAUUAUGGAAAAUGCUAAUAAGAAAAGCUUUGCCCUUAUGCACUGCGUAUCUUCAUAUCCAACCGAACCCCAAAAUUGUGAAUUGGUUAGAAUUCUGUGGUUGAAGGAGAAAUAUCCAAACAUAAUUAUCGGUUAUUCAGGUCACGAGAUGGGUAUAGAAAUAUCUAAAGCCGCUGUAUUGCUGGGGGCAAGAAUUUUAGAGAGACAUUUUACUUUGGAUUGUAAUCAGAAGGGCUCGGACCACAAAUGUUCACUGGAGCCACUACAAAUGAGAAAUCUGGUACUUGGAAUAAACAAUUUAAAACAUAUAAUGAGUUUGCAUACAUAUUUAAAAGUAUCAGAUAUAAUAUCCUUGCUAGGCGAGACUACCGAUAUUAAAAAUGCUUUAAAGGACUGUUUGCAUGAUAAAAGUAUAAUGCCCUGCGAAAUGAAUUGUCGCAAUAAACUAGGAAAAUCGUUGGUAGCUGCUAAAAAUUUAAAUAUAGGUGAAACCAUUGAUGCCAAUGAUUUAUGGGUUAAAGUAAGUGAACCGAACGGUAUUUCGGCUGAACAUAUAGAAGAGGUUAUUGGACGACAACUUUCAAAAUGUCUAAGUGUUGAUGAGCCGCUACAAUGGAAUUAUUUGCAUAAAGUAAUUUAA